AUGUCUCUACCAGCUCUGGUGUCUCUACCAGCUCUGAUCUCUGGUACUCCUGCUAGCUCUGGUGCUCCUGCCAGCUCUGAUAUCUCUACCAGCUCUAGUGCUCCCGCCAGCUCUGAUAUCUCUACCAGCUCUGGUGUCUCUACCAGCUCUAGUGCCCCGGCCUCGAGCUCUGCCCCUGCUCCUCAGUCUACAAGCUUCUCUACCUCUACCACCUCUACAUCUGUCACCACCACCUCAGCAUCCAUUAUCAGCUCUCAAUCUGUAUCCCUCGACUCAGGUGUCUCCUAUGGACAAGGUGCCUCACCCCAGACAGACUCCAAUGGUAACGUUGUCGCCGUUGACUUGGUAGCUGGCGCGAACGGUGAGGCGACAUUCGAUGUCGCUGUUCAAGCCUCCUCUUCCCCCAGUGGCAGCUCCACAACCCUCUCAUUUGAAUACACUGUCAGUGCUUUUAAACGCCUGCGUGCCAAGCGCGCUUUCGAGGGCUGCACUCUGACCAUCACGGUUGACGGCAAUGUGGUUUACUCCGGACCUGUUGCGUCGACACCUGCUACUUACAGCGAGGCUAGUCAGCCGUUUGUCGCGGAAAGCAACCCGAACAUUAAGUUUACACAGACUUGCGGUACCAGUCCCGUAAACCUGGCUGUUAAGAAACUUGCCCUUGUCACUGCUGCGGUUCCUAUCGCUACGACUGGUUCUGUCGACGUAACUCAGACUGCAAGUGAGACAUCUAUUGAAUCUGUCACUGAGUCUGCCACUGAGUCUGUUACCCAGUCUGCUACUGAGUCUGUUACCAAGUCUGCUACCGAAUCUGUUACCCAGGCUGCUACUGAGUCUACUUCCGAGUCUGCUACUGAGUCUGCUACCGAGUCUACUACCAAAUCAGUUACUGAAUCCGUUACUGAAUCAGUUACUGAAUCUGUUACUGAAUCUGUUACUGAAUCUGUUACCCAGGCUGCUUCUAAGUCUACUUCUGAGUCUGCUACUGAGUCUGCUACCGAAUCUGUUACGGAAUCUGCUACCGAGUCUACUCCCGAGUCUGCUUCAGAGUCUGCCACUAAGUCUGCUACUGGUUCUUCUACUGUCUCUACUACCGAGUCAGCUACUGAUUCAGCUAGUUUUACAACUGAGUCUGCUACUGGCUCUGCUACUGGCUCUGCUACUGGCUCUGCCAUCAAGUCCGCUACUGGUCUUACUACUGAGUCUAUUACUGGCUCUGCUACUGGUCUUACUACUGAGUCUAUUACUGGCUCUGCUAUUAAGUCUAUUACUACAGGUUCUGUCACUGGCCUUACUACUGGUUCUACUACCACUGGCUCUGUUACUGGUUCCAUUACCCAUUCGACUUCCGCUUCCUCUAGCUCUGCCAGCAGCGUGGUCAACCCCCUUGCGGUUGGAGACUUUACUCUCUUCGGCUGCGCCCGCUCUUCUGCUGGUUUUCCCACCUUUGAGCUCGCUAGUUCUAGCGAUUCCAUGGACCUUAACGUUUGUGCUUCCCUCUGCUCCGACAAGGCCUACUUUGGUGUUUACAACACUGACUGCUACUGUGGUGAGGAGGUUAGCUCCUCAAGCGUUACCCGUGUUGCCAUUGAUCUCUGCGAUACCAAGUGCCCUGGCGACAGCUCUGAGUUCUGUGGUGGUAAAGCCGCUUCCAGCCGUAUCAUGCGCCGUGCAAUCCCAAGCAACAUCCUCCUCACUGUCUACGUUCACGUUGUUGCUAGUACUGUCACUAAGUUGGCUACCAUUACUGCGACUGUCUCUGGCACCACCACUAUCACCACUGAAGUCACCAAGACAGUUCCUGGCCCCAACCCUACUACCACUGUCAUUGAGGAGAUCUACAUCUGCAUCAAUGGCAAGUGCACUGCGGAGUCUAACUCUGGCUCCCGUGUUGUCUACGUUAUGAUUGAGGCCAAUGGCGCCGAGUGUGAUAACGAGUGGGUGUAUAUCUCUUCCGCUUGCUCAUGCCAGGGUGGACAGGAGUAUACCGCUAUCUUCUGCUCUGGUGGCAGCUGCAUUGGCGAGACUGUCUAUAAGGCCUCUGAGUGCCACGACUGGUACAACUACGAGAACUUCUUUAUCCCUGCUGACUGCGGCUGCGGUAAGCAGGGUGAGGCUGCUAUUAAGUUCAUUCCUUGGGAGAAUAAGUGGGGUACACCCGAGGAGUGCAACGAGCAAGAGGUUCCUGUCUGCUCUGACUGCACCUACGCAACUCACUACGCCAUGGGCAACAGCACCACCUCUGGUUCCAACGGCAACUCUGGCUCUGGUAGCAGUAGCUCUGAAACCGACAGCGGCAGCUCUGGGUCUCCCUCUGGUUCCGGCAGUUCCGGUUCUGGAAGUGGUAGCUCUGGUUCUGGAAGAUCAGGAACCGGCACUUCUGGUUCUGGUUCUGGCAGCGGUAGCUCUGGAUCUCCGUCUGGCUCUGCAAGUUCCGGUUCUGGUUCUGGAAGCUCUGGUUCGGGCAGCGGUAGCUCUGAGACUGGCAGCGGUAGCUCCGGAUCUCCCUCUGGUUCUGGAAACUCAGGAUCUGGCAGUUCCGGUUCCGGAAGCUCUGAUACGGGCGGUUCCGGUUCUGGUAGCGGUAGCUCUGAUUCUCCCUCUGCUUCUGGCACCUCAGGAUCUAGCAGUAGUGGCUCUGGCUCUGGCUCUGGCUCUGGUUCUGGCUAUUCUUCUGGUGCCUCUAGCUCUACUGUUAAUACUGCUAGCCCCUCUGGCGUUCCCGUUACUGCUGGUGCCGUCAAGCAGACUAGCACUUCUAUGGCACUCGUCGCUGCUAUCGCUGUUAUCGCUUCCCUCUUCUAA